AUGAAACUUUCUGGUAUAAUUACACUUGGAGAGUUGGAUUAUCCUGCUAGUAUCAUUUGGACUCCCAAUCGACCAAAAUUACACAAGUUGCCGCCAGUUCAAGCAUUGGGUAAAAUCAACGAUUAUCUCGAAAGGAACUUGGUGUGCGACAAGAUGUCAGGAGAGUCGCCCGUUUGUAUCGUGCUUGUAACGAGAACUCUGAAUGGUACCGUGACAGUACGCGCAGACUGCAAAUAUCCCCAGUCUUUCUGGCCACUAACAUACCCGGAAGCUAAAAAAGUGACUGCUCCGUACCGUGCAAGCCGAGAAUGCGAAGAAGCUGCCAUCGUCGAAAGUGAUGCCAGACUGCAAGCAUACAAUGAAUUUUGUAAACGCAUCGACGACUAUCAGGACUACUAUAAUGGAAGCUACGCUGGAGCGAAAACUGCAUACGAUUGCCUAAUCCUGAUGCAAGAACGUCAGAAGAAGCUGUCCGCAAUAGCAUACUGGUACACAAAAUUGCAUCCUGAAUGGGACUAUGCUCAGGUUCAUGUUGCUAUGGGCAAUUUGAUGUUCGUUCAGUACUACACUUCUUACUGA